GACACUUUUAUUUUGAAACCGGAUAUGAUUAGUGACGUCAGUGCAGUGACACGUGGGUAACGGCCCCGUACAAACAGGACGUUGAACAGCUGCAUCGUGAAAUCAGCUGAGACACAAAAACAAGAUGAAGAGGAAGCAGCAGCAGCAGGUCUCGAAGCAGACAAGGACGAUGAAGAGCAGCGAUGAUGAAAAUACUGAUGAGGAGAAGAACUUCACUCUGCUCACUGACAUACGAGGAAGAGGAGGGACUGAGGAAGAACAGAGAAACCACAGAGGAGAGGAAGAGGAGGAAUACAGUGAUGAGGGGGAGGAAGAAGACUCUAAUAGUGGUGAUGAGGAAGAGUCUGAAAAAGAGGAUGAGUCUGAUGGAGGUGAAGAAGAGGAGGAUGAUGAAGAACCAGCGAAUAUUGGUGGCAGUAAAAUCCAGACAAGAGAGGAAAUUAAAAAAGAAUUGUCCAACAUGUCGUUUGAAGACGUCAUGAAGCUGCAGAAUAAAGUCGGAACCAAAGUUUACAACGAGGUAACCUAUGGCAACAGCAAGAAAUACGAGACCGGCAAGAAGAAACGACUGAACAAGAACAGACCAAUGGAGAUUUCAGCCAAGAAACCGGCGCCGUUCCUUCGUCAGGUCGUUGCCAUCAAGAAACCGACGCUGAGAGAUCCUCGAUUUGACGACCUGUCGGGAGAAUACAAGCCAGAGAUCUUUGAGAAGACGUACAAAUUCAUUGAUAACAUCAGACAGAGAGAGAAAGAGGUCGUCCAGAAGCAGCUGAAGAGGAAGAAGAUGAGUAACGAGAAAAAGGAGAAACUUCAGUUUCUCCUGAAGAGGAUGGAGAACCAGGAGCGCGCGAGGAAGAGCCGAGAGCAGCAGAGAGAGAGAGAGUUGCAGUUCAAGAGGCAGCAGAGAGAGCGAGCCAAUCAGGGAGCUCAACCCUUCUUCCUUAAGAAAUCGGAAAAGAAGAAACUGCAGCUGGCAGAGAAAUACCAGGAGCUGAAGAAGAGCGGGAAACUGCAGAACUUCCUGAGUAAGAAGAGGAAGAGGAACGCUGGGAAGGACCGCAGGAAGCUGCCACUGCAAAACGCCAAGACUUCCUGAAAACACCUGCUGAACGCCACACUAACAUAAAACCUGAGCUUCUGUCGGCAGCAGCCUGUAAUGACUCAUUUCUGCCUGCAGGGGCACCUGUAGUUUCGAAGACUGUGGUGUCAACAAAACUUUAAUUUGACAAAAUAGUUUCUGCUGUUUUCAGACAUUUAGAGUUUUUCAGAGUUUAAGAUGAAGCAGUGUGGAAACUUCACUCCUGGCGGGUUUGGACAAAGAUUCUGAAAAUAUAUUAGGGACAUGCACAGUUAACCCUAACCCACUGAAAAUAUCGGGGUCAGACACAAAAACCAGAAUAACUGUAGUUUUCUCUCAGGUGAGGGGGAGGGCCUGGGUAGAGCGGGACAUGACAUGUUGUGUGGACAUGUGUGUAGUCAUGUUGUGUAGACAUGUUGUGUAGACAUGU